UUCUGGGGAAAAACACCUUUUCCAGGAGAACUGGGAAACAUGUAUUUCUCACUAGAUGAUCACCAGCAAUUAAUGCCUGCAGGCUCGCUGCGAAAAAAGAAGCUGGCAAAAAGACCUGGAUACAUGAGGCCAGAAGCUCAGCGACAGAUCGAGUUUCAGUCCCUGGGUGUCUGCACAGGGACCAGCCCAGCAGAGCUCCAGCAUGGCAGGCAGCACUGUGGAGGCUCUGAGAACUGUGUUCUGCACAGACAGUGCCAAAAUGACUUGGAAUUCCUGUGCUGUAAUGCAGUGAGUAGUGCUGUAGUUCCUGCUAAUGGGGUAACAACCUUGUCCGCUGCUGGAAAUACUCCAGGAUGCUGUGAAAAUCUUUCACGCUGCAAUAGUCCACGCCCGGAGAGCACAGGGAUAGGGGUUUGCUCUGCUGCAACAACAAGCAAAGGAAAUGCUUCUGCUGUAUGCUGUACAUGGCAGAAAAGCUGCAGCACCAAAUUGAGCAAGCCCCCAAACAUGUGUGCUUUGGAUCAGACAGAAGUGAGUAACAACCGUGACUAUCAAAACAGAGAUGGUAUUUCUCCUUCUGCUGGUGCACAUGAUAGCUUUAGUUCAAGUUUCAGCUUCAUACAGCUCUCCCUGAACUUGGCCUCUGGAGUAAUUGAUGUUGAGGGCAAAUCUGUUGAAGAAGCUGAGAUCAUUUUGCAACCCAAAACCCCAGGCAGUCUGCAGAAGCCAGAAGAGAUGGCACAAACUCAUGAGCACUUGGGAGAUUUGUGUUGCUUCUUCAGGUCCAGUGAAGAUUUGCAGCGUGAACAUUCCUCAGAUGCAGCAUCUGCUGGUUCUUCUGUCACCUCAGGCUAUGAAAGUAGCUUUACUGUCAGUGACCAUAACUGGGAUACUUUGAUGAGAAAAUAUGAACCAGUGCUACAGGAUUGCUUGCUUAGCAACCGCAGUACGUUAAAGUUAAAAUCCUUGAUCUUACGUCUUCAGAGGCUUCAGGAAAAAGCAAUAGAGGAAGAUGACUAUGAUAGAGCUGAUAAAUUUAGACGGAAACUGGAAGAACUGGAGAAGGAGAAAAAUUCUUUAAAAUUUCAACUUCCUUCAAGGCAUCCCUCAGUUAGCAGUUUUUUGGAUAGGUUCAUGACCCAAGUUCAGGCAACUUUGCACUGGGCUGCUGAUCACUGGGUUAGACGUGAAGAAAAUGGUCUUUGUCAUGAAAAAGAGCACAGACUUUUGAGAUCAACUUCCCAGGAGAGGACGCAGGUUUCAGCCACAAAACGAAACCAGCUUUUUCAAGAAAAGAAGCGGUUACAGAAAGAAAUUGAAGAUCUCCAAACAAGACUGAAAAUAUUAGAAGGAAAAGAUCAACAGCUGAGAAGAGAAAUUGAAGAGCAAGACAGGCUUAUUCAUUCGCAGGACUGUGAAUUGGCUGCUUUACUUGGCUGCAUUUCUUUAAGAGAGCUGCAGGAAAUAAGCAAGGCUGUGGAUGACACUUUAACAUCCUCCUAUCGAAUUCCAUUCAGUUUAGAUCUCCCAGAAGCAAUAAAGAGCCUUCAGGAGAAAGAACAGCUGUUCAGCACGUCCAUUAAAGAAACUACUGCCAAAGUUUGCACGAGUCAGAAACUCUGCAGUACUUUGAGGAGGAAAGUGAGUGAUAUUGAGACUCAACUACCAGCUCUACUUGAAGCCAAAAUGCUGGCUGUUUCAGGAAGUAAUUUUGGCACUGCAAAGGAUCUUGCAGAAGAAAUAAGAUCAUUAACAUCUGAGAAAGAGGGACUGGAAGGACUUCUCAAUGAACUGUUGGUUCUGAGUGCCAGAAAUACACGAAAAUUAGAGAGAAUUCAAGAUGAUUACACCAGGCUGAAACAAGAACUUGAGCAAGGAGAGACUGCCUUUGUGACCAGUGUAAAAGAAAAUGCUGAGAAGUACAUGGAGGUUCUGGAGGAUAAACUACAUAGCUGCGGGAGCCAGCUGCUCCAAAGAGUGUGGGAAGCUGACUUGGAGGCCUGUCAGCUGUUGAUCCGAGGGUUUCAUCUGAAAGAAGCCAGUUGCUGUGUUUUCGAAGAAGAAGAGAACCAAAUGGAUGAGAUGGAGAUGACUGCUGAUGCCCCACUUGAUUCUGAAAAAAGAAAAGAAGGUCACUUUCUGAAGGGCACAGAGUGGGGUGCUGUUUCCUGCCCCAAACACAGGGAGCUGAAAGAGGUUAUGGAAGAUAUUUCAUUUGGAACAGAGGGUCAUUUAUCUGAGGAGUUCUUCAUAUUUUCUGCAGAGUUGGGAGAAAAAUGUGAAGCAAUAAGUGAGAAAUUGGUGCAUCUGGAAGAUCAAUUGCAAAGUUCCGCCUGCAGAGUUGAUGAAGGAGUUAUUCAGUCUCUGCAGAGGGAGAUCCAGGUGGUGAAGGAGACACUCCAGACCGUGCUGGUGCAACUGCAGUCAGCCAAGGAGGCAGGAGAAGAAAAGGCUGGAACUUCCUCUGUGACAGCUGGUGUCCAGGAAAACAAGACUUGGAGGAAUAAUGAGCAGAAAGAGCUGGUAGGAUGACAUUAAUUCACAAAGGGCUGCUUUUAGUAACUGAAUACUGUUUUACUAAGCCUCAGGGAUCUCUUCUCUCCCCUGCAUAACUAAUAACUAAAUCAAUUAUGGAGAAACAGAGCCUGGAGGUCUAUCAUUAGAAGUAUGCUACGCAGCCUCACAUGUUUUGGCACAGAUUGGGAAACAGCUUUCAGAGCAGAGCAGCUCCUGUAAAUGUGUAGAUUACAAAUUGAUACAUUUCAAGUGAGUCUGCAAAGUUGCCUUUAAUGUCAGUGAAGUGUUCUCCUUGAAGGCUCAUAAACACUGUCUUCCUCUACUCAUGGAUUUUUUUUUCCCCUGAUUUAAAAAUGCAGCUUUAAAGCUGGAACAUCUAGUAUUUCUUGGAAAAUAGCUCUAAGAAUAAUAACUUCUUUUUUCCUCCUCUGGCUUUAACAGCUUUCUUACACUGAAUGUAUUUUCACAUUCCUGCCAAUAAUUAAAUCAAUAGGGUGAAAUUCAAGCUAACCAUGUUCUUUCAACUGAAAUUUGGACCUCAUUUGCUCUGUGGUAUUAAGUACAGUGGAUGUAACUAAAAGCAGCCCCUACAGGAGUAGUUUAACUCAAUUUAUUUAGCUAUUAAUAUAAACUUUCUUUAGUAUUACAGGGGUAGUAAAGAAAAAAAAAAUUUAAAAAAUCCUAUGUUGGUGAUUUGUGUUUAAAUUUAAAUAUUUUAUGAACAAUAAGACAUUUAAGUCUUUUUGUAAAGAUUACUCCCUACUUUACAAAGACUACUUUGAUCUUCCUUGUGAGCUUCAGAAGGAAUGCAGGUCUUAUUGCAAGACAUGUAUGUCAAUAUAUACACACACAUAGUUAAACAUGUAUUUUUAUAGGAAAUAAAAGCAAUACUCAACUAAAGCCAAUGGGAUAAUUGUUCAAAAGAGUUGAUGUAUUCAAAAAUUCAUGUGUACUUCUACUUUGAUACCAGUAUAAAAAAUUCUGUUGCAGAGGGAGAAUUUAAAAAAAAAAAACAAACCUCUUAAUUUUUAAAAAUACAAUACAAAAUGUCUUGCAACUCUGUACUGUACUUUUUUGAUACUGUUUUUCUGACAUUUUUAGAAUUACUCUUCUACUUCUGUUACUCAUUUAAUAGCCAUGUUAUAUUUUUGCAAAUUUUGAAGGUCAUUGGACUACUUUCCCACUAAGAUCCUGUUCAUUUCUUGUGUGUUUUAAUGCUAGUUGAAACUUCUACCUCAGUGUUAAGUAUGGAAGGAGGGAGGAAAAAAGUGCCAGGCAGCUGAGACAUACAACAGGAUUAUAAUUGCCUCUGGGAGCAUAUGGUUGUCAAACCAGGGCAGCAGAGCUCAGGUGGUUUCUAUAGUCACCAGAUCCUCAGGGUUGAAUUACAAACCCUGUAAUUCAGAACAUGGUUGACUUUUCUCAUUGGGUAAUAUAUGGGCCAGCAUCCAUGUUGUGGUAAAGACACUUGGAGCUCCAGUUUGCAUGGACUCAGCUACUCUGUUCCCUAAUGGAGAUCUCUUGCUGUUCUGCUGGAAGAGCUUAUCUCUUCAUGUCCCUGUUCAAUCCCUACCUCCCCACCAUAGCUCUGGCACUUUCUGAAGCUCACCUGAACAGAUGAACAAGGUGUUUGCCUCCAGCUCAAGGCAGGAGACAAGUGCAGGUGGCACCCUGAAAUUCAGCCCAUGCACAGGACCAGCUCCACAGCAAAACCUGCCUGCCAGAAAGCACUCGUGGAAACCCACAUGAGUUCAGGUAAACAGGAAAGAGAGCACAGUGACAAGAUACAUCUCUUAAAACUGUUUUUCUUUAGCAUCCACAGAAGCUCCCUGGGGGUUCAAUACCACAGAGGGCCCAGAUACUGCAUUUCCAGCAAGGAGCAUUUAUAUAGGACUAUGAGGACGGUCCCAGAGAUGAUGGCCAGUACACUAAACUAAGGUUGCAUAAUGACACCGCACUCUCCCACCCUGUGGAAUUUUUCCUUUGAAUACUUAGUGCCUGCAAUGUAAAGAGUUGAUAGGCCCUAGAAGUGCCUUAGAGCCAGGAUCAGCUACUGCUGAAGCACCAAGUCUGCCUCCUUGCAGCAGCAAGGGCUCAGCAUCAGGAAUAGGACCCGAGCAUCACAGGGGCAGGGGAACAGCAGCCCCAUUCCCACUAGCAAGGUUUCUUGAAGGCAUUCCCAUUCAACUUAAAAAAUUGUGUGACUUUUGUGUUUCAGACCACUACUGCAUUUUAAUAAAAACUCAGCUUAGGAAACCACUCUAAUAAGACACUGAAUUUCUAAGGAGAAGGGAAACUGAAUCUGUCAUCAUUCAUGUUAUGUUUGUAUCUGUUAACAUCUAUUUUAUAUGUAAUGUGGACUACUACUACUCCUUUAAUUUAUUGUUCCAUUAACUUCACUGUUUCUUGUGGGAAGUUAGAGCCAGUAACCAUCCUUUUUCUGACAUAUUUGAUAAUAAGCAUACUUUAAAAAAAAGGUAUACUAUGCAAUGUAUCCAACUGCCUGUUAUCUGUGAAUAGAAAACUUUCAAAUAAAGAGAAGUAUGUUUUUAACUAA